AUGGGUGACCCAAUGAUUGACCAGUUGACACGGCUUAAAUUAAAGUUGUUGGAAAAGAAACUAGAGAGAGAGAGAGGCAAUUAUGAGGAAAGAGCAGAUUCAGCUGCAUCCACAAGAAGUUAUGACGGACAAGCUGAAGCAUUGCAUAGUGCUUUGAGACGGAAGAGGGACCUGCUACAGAGACUGAGGGAACAACACUGGCUGGAUGAAUUAACAAGGCCACACACGUGGGGCGGGGCCCACAGUACACGUCGGCCGGACCCUGUGCCUCCUUUUCCUCAGGUGGCUCCCCCUAUUCACAUCUACCAGCCUCCUGCUCCUGCGCCCGCUCCUGCCCCUGCUCCUCCUGCUCUUCCACCACCUCCUGCUCCUCCACGCAUCAUCCAGCAUACGAUACCUCAGCAACCAGCCACUAUCAUCCAACAGUUGCCACAGCAACAGCCUCUCAUCACACAAAUCCCGCCCCCACAGGCCCCCUCAUAUAGAUCAGGGAGCAUCAAAGAGGAUAUGGUGGAGCUGAUGCUCAUGCAGAAUGCUCAGAUGCACCAGAUCAUCAUGCACAACAUGAUGCUGAAAGCUAUUCCACCCAUGGCUCUUUCCCCAGCAGGGGGUUUUGGUCAGGGCUUCCCUGCAACGUCGCAUUCAGGACAGGAAAAUUAUAUGAAGCCUAAGGGUAGUGCCGUCCACCACCAUCAUCACUACAGCCCUUCUGUACCACAACUCCCUCCUAUCGGCUAUGCAGUGUGGCCCCCCAUGAUGUCAUCAGGACAGGGAGGGACUUAUCAGCCAACAGUACAUCAUCUGACCAACCCAGUAUCUCUUCCUCCCUUAAACACGUAA